AUGUUGCUUGAGCUCGACAUUCCAACCGGCAUUGAGGCCCUCGUCGAUGUUCCCGAGGAGCCUCCGUCCUCACCAAGCUCACAAUCUCCUCGCGCAAACCCCACACCAUUGAGCCAACUCCCAAGGAUGCCAAAGCUCAAUCAUCUCGUCCUCUCAAGUCAAUUUGUGAGCCUGGCCGAUCUGCAUGUAAAUCAAAGCUCCCUCACAGUCCUCGACUUGCAAGCUUGCUGCGAAUUGGCGUCGCUGGAUGACAUUCCCUCGUAUCCUAAGCUCGAGAUUCUUCACGUCCCUCGAUCGAUUCGCAGAGUCAGCGGACUGGUCGACAAGCUUCCCUCGCUCAAGACACUGCAUUUGGACUCAAGUAUGAGGCCAUCCGAUCGAUCCUUGUUGGUUGACAUGUUUGACCGAUAUGCUGGCUCCUUCAGUCUUGGAUGGAGCAUCAUUCGCCGGAGGAUUUCCGGGCUUCCGAAGGGAUGUCGAGUGGUGUUCAGCGAUUCGGUCGAGUACACCUUUGGCCGAUUCUCGAGGUAG